AAUUUAAAACAAGGAACAGAGAUCGAGGCUGAUGAUGAUGAGCAAAGAAGAGAUCGGAGAACAGUUACUUGAGAAGGUGCGGAGACUGUGUCCCACCCAGUCCAACAAAGUGACGGGUAUGUUACUGGAACUGCCCACUGACACACUGCUGGAACUACUGAGGGAGGAGGGACAACUCCAGGCAGCAGUGGGCAAGGCACAGGUGACACUACAGGAAGGAGAGGCAAGGGAGACUGAAAGGGUACACUGUCAGGACCAGGUACCAGUGGUGGACCGAUGUGUGGUCCUCAGGGAGCAUUUAUAUGCAGCAGUCUGCACUGUGAACUCUGACAACGCAGACAGAAUUACUGAGGAACUGCUGGAACAGGAAGAAACAGGAGUUUUUAGGCUGCUGCAGGACAGACAAUUGUUGGAAACUGCAGUUCAAGAAGCACUUCACAGAAUAGAAGGGCAGUCAUCUAGAUCUGGUACGGGUUCAUCUCAAUGUGUGGACAAGGAAGAUGUAGGAAACAUUCUGUAUGAAAAGGUGGAAGAACUGCAACCUGAUAUGUGUGCAAAGAUUACAGGGAUGUUACUAGAGUUACCAGAAGACACACUACAGACACUGCUAGCUGACAAGCAGGCCUUACAGUCAGCUGUCCACAGAGCUGUGAAGGCUGUACAAGGAGGGGAACAGCAUGGCGCUGUCCACGAGUUACAGCUAGACUCAGAUAAACAGGAAAUAGGGGAACAGUUGUUUGAUAUCGUGUGUGAACGAUAUGAGGAGGAUGCUCCCAAAAUUACAGGAAUGCUGUUGGAGAUGGAAACUACCACUCUAAGAAGACUGUUGGAAAGUCCUGAAGAGCUGAACGAAAAAAUUAACCAAGCCUACAAUGCUCUUUGUAAAAGCUAGAAAUGAACAUGUCCUUAGCUGCAAUUAUUGGUAGAGGUUAUGGUGACUUAGGGUGAAUUAGGGUACAUGUAUUUGUAAUUUAAUCAGUGCAGAAGAAAGUCUUGAAAAUAUGAAUUCAGUACAAUUACACUUACAUGUUAUUGUACGAAAGGUUAUUGAGUCUUACAUAUGGGCGGAUGCAUAUUUUAUUCCACCAGUGUACAGUAUAUAUAUUGUACAUUUUCUAUACUGUGAAGCUUUGUUUGCUGUUUACAUGGACGUAGGAGAGCUUAUCAUGUUAAACAUAUGUGCAAUAAAGUCAUUCUUAAGAUUGAAA